AUGGCGACAAAGUUGAAAGUUGGGGAUCUUGUGUGGGCAAAGAUGAAGGGCUUUCCUGCUUGGCCGGGAAAGAUCAUUGAAGCAAAGGCUGACGUGAAGAGACCUUCCAAUAAGAAGCUGCACCACUUUGUGUUUUUCUUUGGAUCAGAGAACUAUGCCUGGAUUCCAGAAGAGAGUAUUUUGUUGUACCCUUUCAACCGUGACAAGUUUACGUCGAGCUCACGCAUACCAAAAGGUUUCAAGGAAGCGUUGGAAGCCAUUGAAGAUGCUUAUAAAGCAUUGCCUGCUUCAGCAAUUCCAGCUGAAUUGCCCUCUAUUGAAGAAGAAAUUGCACAGAUAUUUCCUCAGCGGUCUGAUUCUCCUAAAGAGGGAAAGAAGCUAAAGAAAGACAGGCGCAUCUCUCAAGGAUCAGAUAGCAAGUCCUCAAAGAAAGAUAAUGACAUAAAACGAAAUUCACGCUUGCAGAAAAAUGGCACAGCCAGAUCACGAUCUUUAGGAAGUGUUACAAAAAAAGAUAAAAUGAAAAAUAUUAAGACUACUUCAAAGAUCCUAAAAGCCAAAGACUCCCUAAAAAAGUCUGCUGCAAAGGUCCUUAAAAACAAAGAACCAAUUAAAAAGCUGACUCCUCUUCGCAAAUAUGGCACCAAACGAUCACUCUCAACAGACACUGAACAAAGACCUUCGACAUCAUCCAAACCACCAGCCAAAAAACAGCGCCCCCUGCCACAGCUGAAUGCAUCACCAGUAAGAUCGCCCGAGUCGUCAAGACCAUCACAGAGCAGCAUCUUCAAUCUAUCAGAAUCGGGAUUCUCCCACACAAAAAUACGUUCAUCUGAUGGCUACAAAUCGCCUGACGCAGAGUUCAGUGCAGCAAUCGGCAUUCGGCCCGAGAACCAUAUCAGUAAGGGAGAAGACAUGCAUGCGACCAUGUUACAGAAUGUAUCAUCUUCAACACAGAUCGAGGAAUCCAUGCUACCGCGACCAGUGCCAAAAGCCAUUAUCCCCACUCCACUGAGAAUAGGCUUCCUGGGCCUCGGCAUUAUGGGACAGGGCAUGGUGAUGAAUCUUCUGCGGUCUGGACACGAGGUCACGGUCUGGAACAGAACUGGAACAAAGUGUCGUGAGUUUAUCAAAGCUGGUGCUCUUCGAGGACUGGCUCCAUCAGAUGUAGUUCACAACUGUGACAUCACCUUCACAUGUGUUGCCGAUUCCAGUGCAGUAAGAGAUCUUGUGUUUGGCAACUCGGGAGUUCUGCAGGGUAUUUCUCGGGGAAAGUGUUAUGUUGAGAUGUCUACAGUCGACGAGGAGACAAUGGAGGAUGUAGCAGAGGCAAUCAUGGCGAGAGGUGGAGUGUUCCUGGAAGCGCCAGUAUGUGGGAGUCGCGUCCCAGCUCUGGAGGGACAGCUCAUAAUCUUGACGUCCGGCGACCGCAAACUCUACGAUGACUGCUACUCGUGCUUUGAGGCCAUGGGCAAGAAAUCAUUUUAUCUCGGAAAUGAGGUUGGCACGGCUACACGGAUGAAGCUGAUACACAACAUGAUCCUGGGAUCAGUUGUUGCAAGUCUUGGCGAAGGAAUGGCACUUGCUGAAAAAGUUGGAAUUGAUCAGGAAGAUCUAGCAGAAGUACUCUCCCUUGGUUCACUUUCUUGUCCUACAAUUAAUCACAAAAGUCAAGCUAUCGUGAAUGCUAUUGCGAACAACAAAUUUGAUCCACAUUUCCCAUUACAACAUCAGCAGAAGGAUCUGCGUCUUGCUCUCACCCUGGGUGACCGAGCUGAACAUCCACUUUACGUGGCAGCAACAGCUAAUGAGAUGUUCAAACGAGCGCGAAGACUGGGGUAUGGAGAUAGUGACAUAGCAGCGGUGGUUAAGGCUUGCUCGGUAUGAUGUCAUCACGAUGUUGAGGUUUACAGACAUGGACAGGACUUGGGUGUUUCUGUGUGCACACGACAUUGCAUGGGAACAGACUUGAAAUGGUGUCUUGUAGAACAAAUAUUUGAAACUGGUCUGACAGACUGUGAGGUUAUUAUUUUCAGUGCUGCAAGAAACAUGGUAGUCACAUUUAUCAGUCAUUGUUUGAGUUUGUUAAAGAUCGUGUUUUCUUUGCAGCACUUGAUUGUAAUUUAUUUUAAAAGGCAUUGUGAGAAGAAAAAAAAAACAAGCAGUUGUGUUUGAUCAUUAACAAGUGACUGUUUCGACGAAAUGUCAAAACAUUAUCAACAUCUUUGACGAUCAGUGUAUUUUUGUAUAGCUUUUGUUAUGAAGAUGAAACAUAUUGGUCAGACUAUUGCAUCUACUUGAAUUUCACUACAUCUGUUUUAAACAAUGAUUUUAUGUCUGUUAACAAAAAACAUCAAGUUCUGAUUUAAAGUUGUAUGACAAUAUAUGUCUGUAUAGAACAUUUACUUAUGUACUUAUGUAAAUGAUGAAAUGUUAGUAAAGUUUUGAUUAUAUACUUAUUAAUGACAUACAAAUGAAGCACAGUCAGCUGAUUUAUGAUUCUGAUAUUUUACAAUAAUACUGUGAAUUCAAGAAUUCAGCAUUGUGAAAUAAUAGCAUUUUAUAUUGCCAGUAAAUUCACAAAUAUUUAUACUUAGGAAUAUUUUAUGAUUUACAGUUGUAAACAAGGUUGCAUUUAUAUUUAAUUUAGGCAUUUUUUUUGUUUGCCAAACUGUUUUUAUAUUACCUGUGCAGGGAAGUUUUCAUUAUUUAGAAAAUAAGAAACUAUGUUUUGACAUAAUGGUAAUCCAAGACCAUUAUUACUAUUGUUAAGUAAUGAGAAUAAUAUUCCAAAGAACUACAAUUUAGUGGUAUUGUGUGAUAGGAAACAUAUUGUACAAUUAAAACUUUUAAAUGUCAUCGCAAGGAUGAACCAAAGUCCAUGCACCCCCACAAGACCCACCCCUGAGAGAUGUCAUAUAAGAAACCUACACCAAAAACAUAGGCUACUAGUACUUUUAAAACAACAAGUUACAAAUCCAGUCGAAUCCCGUAUGCAAUGUUAGAAAAGCUUCACUGCUGACUGAUCCAGUAGACUAGCAGGAAUGUAAUGAGAUGUUGUGCAAUACAGAGCAGUGAGAGAGAACAGGUUGGUGAUCACCCUAAACUAUAUCUAAGUCCUUGAGUUUUAUCCCAAGCCUUUUAAUGCAGUUCUGCUCCUUUUGAUAUGAUGAAAAUCCUUUUUUUAAAUAGCAUAUUUAGAGAAUACUCUACUCGGCAAUACUAUUUAUUUUGCACUCGUAAAUUUAUGUUUAUGAGUGCUAGAUAAACGGUAUUGCUGAGUAGCGAGUUGGGUAUUCUAUUUAUUACCCAUUAUUAAUUUUAUCAUUUUAUGGAAGAUUUUCAAACGAUGCUGUUAUUGAAAACAAGUUUGCAAAUUGAGAACAAGACAUAGCAAUGCGUCGUAGCUGUGACGUAAGUUGGUUGUUGACAUGAAUGGAUAAAAAAUAGUUACGGUUGUUUGUUGUUGCCUAACAGUUGUGACGUCAAAGCCUAUAGUGAAGCACUGAUUAUGACGUAAAAACGUAUCUAGGGGAAGAAUUGUUUUUUUCUUUCCCUUGCCCAUAUAGGUAAUAAUUUGAAAUGGAUAGUUUAUCCAUUUUCGACUUUGUGAUUAAAUGUAUAGAUUUUGCAUGUCGUGUACAGAGGAAAGGAAGAAAGGAAAUGUUUUAUUUAACGACGCACGCAACUCAUUUUAUUUACAGUUAAAUGGCGUUGGACAUAUGAUUAAGUACCACACAGAUCUUGAGAGAGAAAACGUGCUGUCGCCACUUCAUGGGCUACUCUUUAUCGAUUAGUAGCAAGGGAUCUUUUAUAUGCACCAUCUCACAGACAGGAUAGUACAUACCACAGCCUUUGUUACACCAGUCGUGUACAGAGGGAUGCUUUAGAUUAUUAAGGUGAAAUAACCAGUCAUGAGCUUGAUGGAACCCAAGGAUUCAAGAUGUCCCUUGUUAAGAGUUCUCAUUCCCUCUGUAUAGCUCUGAAAAGUUUAUCGUUGAACUUGCAGCAUUUAGGCAGUAGUUGCCUCAUUUCUUCAUCUGAAAAACAUACACGUCACUGGUAUCUUUGUAAUGUUUUGAAAUAGCAUGACGUUUUAAUACUUCUGUGCACAUGUAAAACAAGUCCAUCAAAUCACAAAUAAAUGUUUCUUUUUAAAAUAAAUUUGUUCCAUUGUGUCUUUAGAAGCUGUAUUGAUUACUUUCAGCUGUGUUUAAACCUGGCUUGUUUAAUCUUAUAUUUCAUCCCAUACAUUUUGGACAUUGAUAUCUUGAAAAAAGAGACAUUGUAAAUGUUAGUCUAAAAUUGUCUAUAAUUGUUUUAAUAGUUAUGUGAAUGACAUGUCCAGCGUUUUGUUUUCUUUCUGCUUAGUUUGCAUGUCAACUACUAAACAUUUAACUCAUUUUCACAAAUAAGAAAAAUUAUAAGUAUGUCAUAAAUAUUUUCAAAUUAUGAGUAGUCUAGAUCUCUAUGAUGGCAAACAUAAUGUGUAAGAUAGAUUUUAGCAUAACCAGUAGUGUGACAUGCAUUGUAUAAUAUGCCUGAUUCCUGUAUGUUAAAUAGCAUGACACAUUGCUAACAGGUCACAGUUAUGUUAAACUGAUUCAUACAACAGUCUGGCAAGUUCAUGCAAGAAAACGUAGUUACGACCAGUAAAUAUGUAUUGGCAAUUUCAA